UUUUUUAAAGGUGUCUAUUUACGCCUUCGCUAGUAAUUCCUGCAAACCGGUUUGGUCGGACCGGAAUUGGAUGUCAGUUGGAACCAUAAGUUCCUGUCUGUAACAUCAUCGAAACUGGACAGGUAUUUAUUGACAGGUUUUCCCGAUAAGAGACCCUUUGAUAUCCAGGACAUUAAUCACAGCAACAAUACCCUACAGGUGUAACAAUACAAUUGUACGUUAGGUGUGGUUCAGUUAAAAAAGUGUCAAAGUUGAGAAAUUUUUGGCAAAAAACUGACAAUGUCAGCUCGUGCUCUAAGCAGAGAAGGACAUGCAGCAAUGAGUCUGAGAGGUGAAACAGAUCGUUGGGUCUUAAUCCAGCAAAACACAUUCGCAAAUUGGGUGAACGAACAACUUAGGAUAUACAAUUGUGAUCUUAUUGAAGAUUUGCAGACUGACUUUUCGGAUGGAGUUCGACUGUGCUAUCUUGUUGAAGCUUUGCAAGGAAAGAAAAUUGGAAGGAUUAUCAAAAAGCCAACAAAUCAUCAUCAGAACUUGGAGAAUGUUUCAAAAGCACUGAAUGCCAUUGCAAAUGACAAUGUCAGACUGGUGAAUAUUGGAAGUGAUGACAUUGUAACUGGAAACCUGAAGUUGAUAUUAGGUCUAAUAUGGCACCUUAUUCUCCGUUACCAAAUUGGAAAAACCAAAUUCCCAACAAAGAAGUUGAUGUUGGCAUGGAUACAGGCAGUAAUUCCAGAAUGUGGUAUCAGCAACUUUACAACAGAUUGGAAUGAUGGAAUUGCAUUGAAUGCAUUGGUAGAUUUCUGUAGGCCAGGAUUGGCUCCUGAUUGGAGGCACAUGAGCAGAAGCAGUGGACUUGACAACUGUCGAAUAGCAAUGCAGCUAGCAAAGGAUAAUUUUGACAUCCCACUAGUAGUCAGACCAGAGGAUCUUGCAUCUCCAGAUUUAGACGAGUUAUCAGGGAUGACAUAUUUAUCAUAUUUCAUGAAAAUUGACUCUCCAGGAUAUUUUGCAACACUAAAAAUAAUACAGAGCCUUCUGAAGUAUGGAACAUGCAAUAAUUUUGCUUCUGACUGGCAGGACGGACAUUUGUUAGCCAACCUGGUUAAAUCAUUGGGAGAAAAUGUUCCAAAUCUGACUGGAUCUAAUUCUGAAAAUAUCCAAAAAGGCUUGGAAGCAGCUCAAAGACUUGGAGUUAAUCCAAUAUUAACUGCUAAAGAAAUGUGUGACCCAGAAGUGGAUCAUAUUGGGAUCAUGGCAUAUGCUGCUUACUUCAAGGAUUUCAAACCAACAAAAACACCAGCGGAAAGAGUAGUCCUAUCCUCACCACCAAAAAAUGUUUAUGUUGGUCUAGAGUCCAACUUUUCAGUGAGGAUUGAAGAUGACAAUGUUUCACCAUCAGAUGUACGAGCUGAGAUAAAAGGUCCAGACUCCUCUCCAAAUGUCAGACUAAGCUGGACUGGUAGUAUUGGAGAUGGCCUUUUCACACCUGAAGAAACGGGAGUUCAUAGGCUGAGUGUCUUUUGCAACAAUCAAUUAAUCCUUGGAUGUCCGGUGACCUUUAAAUCCAUGGCUGAUAGGUCAAGGAUCACAUUUACAUCUGUUGAUUCCUGUCCUGUUGGAAUGAUUACAGAACUCAAGGUGGAUUCUUCAAGAGCAGGACAGGGUGAUGUGAGAGUGGAGGCACAGUCUCCUGGAGGAAGGAUUCAGAAUCUCACUGCAGUUUAUAGACAGGGACAAUAUAUUGUAAACUUCUCACCAUCUGAAGCAGGGGUUUGGAACUUGUCAGUUCUGUAUGAUGGUGAACACAUAAGUGGGAGUCCUUAUUCGGUAGUUGUUUAUGAUCCAGCCUCAGUUAGAGUUUAUGGAUUAGAGGGUGGAAUUGUAGGAUCUGAUCUAACUUUCCAUGCCGAUCACUCAAGUGCAGGUGAUGGUGACCUUGACGUGACUAUAUUGUAUGAAGGUUCAAGAGUUCCUGCAAAUGUAUCAGAAGACAGCAGAGGAGUUAACAGGAUAAACUUUACACCACAAGGAGCCGGAAUUUACAAAGUUCACGUCAACUUUAACGGCACUGAGGUUAAAGGAUCACCAUACAUGGUAGAAAUAUUUGGUGGAGGACGGGCCACAGUUAGUGGUGAUGGCCUCAGUUUGGUUCCGUUAAACAAGACAGCUUAUUUCAAUGUCGACACUCAAGGUUCUCCGAGCAAAGUGGAUGUUGAAAUCACAGGUCCAUCAGGACAACGGGUAAACAAAGUGGUAAAAAGAAAAAGCAGCGGACUUUACCAAGUUGAAUAUAUCCCAACAGAAGUAGGUGAACAUAAAAUUGAUGUAUUUCAUGGUGGCCAUCCUAUUCAAAGUGGACCAUUUAAAGCUAAAGUGUACAGUUCUGAUGGUAUUAUUGUUUCAAAUGUGCCUCCAGUGUGUAUGUAUGGGAACCCUGUCAAAUUCAAUAUAAAUGCUGAAAAGGCUGGACCAGGAAACAUAGAAAUAAUGAUUAAUAGUGGGACUAUACCUUGUCAAGUACAGACCCUUAAUGAACAUGAGGACAAAUAUUUUGAAGCAUCAUUUAUACCAGAAGGUCCAAAGCCUCAUUUGGUAGAGAUGAAGUUCAAUAAAAAAGAAGUUAUAGGAAGUCCAUGGACUGUAGCAGUGAUAGACCCAAAGAGUUUCUACAUCAAUGGAGAUGGAUUAUAUUUAUGUCACACAAAUAAAACUGCUAGCUUUAAUAUCAAUAACAAGGGGGAGAUAAAUCAAUCAUUUUUGCAUUUAAAAAUAUCAGCACCAAGUAAAAGAACAGUGCCAUACAACAUCAGAAGGACAAAAGAGGGACACACUGUGGAAUACAUCCCUACAGAAGUUGGUGAUCACAGAAUUGAGAUAAAGUAUGGUGAUAGUGAGAUUGAAGGCAGUCCGUUUACAGCUAAGGCUUAUGAUACACAUGCUAUCAGGGUAUCAAGGUUUGGUGAUACACUGGUUGGUAAAUCAGUAGAUUUUACAAUUGAUGUAACAAGUGCAGGAGAAGGCCAGUUAGAAAUUAUGGUCAAUAAUGGUAAUCUUCCUAACACAGUAGAAAUGGAGAAUGCUGGAGUUUAUAAGAUAGCCUUUAUACCAGAACAGGCAGGGAAACAGUAUGUGGAUAUAAAUUUCAACAGGGAACCAUUACCAGAUUCUCCAUUUACCUGCAUGGCAUUAGACAUGACUGGUGCUCUGGUCAGAGGACUGAAGAGUGUGCUGCCUACAGACAAAGCCACAUCCUUUACCAUUCAGUCAGAAGGUGUAGGAUCCUUAGAAUCCACUGUCGAUGUACAGAUUUAUACUGAAAAUGGGGACAAAAUGCCUUCUCGUCUAUCUACACAGAUUGAUGGUACAAUGAAAGUAGAAUGGACUCCAGUUAUGGCAGGUCAACAUAGAGUGGAAAUUUAUUUUGGAGGACAACCAAUAGAAGGCAGUCCAUACUAUGUAGAUGUCUUUGAUGUAGCCAGCAUUCGUGUCUCCAGAUUUAAUCAGCGAGGUGUUGGAGAACCAGCAAGUUUUGAUGUGGACCUUUCUCAAGCUAGCAGACAUGAUUAUGAUAUCAUUAUAAAAAGUCCAUCAGGUCGUACAGUGGACCACAGCAUUACAACAGAGGACAGAGAUUGGAUCAAGAAUAUAGCUUACAUACCUGAUGAAUCUGGACCUUAUUCAAUUUAUGUUAGCUAUGCUGGUUAUGAAUUACCUGGAUGUCCCUAUAUACAGAAUAUUGAUGAUGGAGGAUUGCCCACGGCUAGCGGUGACGGACUUUAUUCAGGAGAAGAAAAUAAAAAUGCUUCAUUUAUUGUUGAUGUGGGUAAUAGAAUUGGUGACUUGGGCGUUAAAGUAGAAGGUCCAAAUUCAAUUGCCAAAACAACACUAGAGCAAAGGGAGGGUAGAUACAUUGUAUCUUAUGUACCAGUAGAAGUUGGAGUGUUCACACUGGUUGUAACAUGGAAUGGUAAAGAUAUACCAGGUAGCCCUUUCCAUCCCAAAGUUGUUGAUCCUCAUAAAGUGGUUGUGGUUGGUGGUUGGCAGCAGAUAUUAGAUUCUAAAGAUAGAAUAAAUCUUGUUGUUGGAGAACCAAAGCAUAUAGCUUUUGAUAUUUCUCAGGCAGGACCAGGUCAUCUAACAAGUGAAGUUACAGGACCAACAUCGAGUUUACAUUCUGUGAUAGAAGCAACAGGAAGUGGUCAAGUAACAAUGACAUUUACUCCAGAACAAGAAGGAAACCAUUAUAUUCAUCUGCAAUGGAGUAAAUUGGCUCUUCCAAAGUCGCCAUUGCUAGGAUAUGCUGUACAUGGUCGUCAAGACAACAAGGUCAUCUUGACAGGAAGAGGACUUAAGGAGGCAUCAGUUAGAGAGGAGGCUGAAUUUAACAUUGAUGGUACUCAGGCAGGCCCAGGUACACCAGAGGUAACAUUAACUGGAGUGAAGGCAGAAAUUCCAGUCAAAGUUAUUGCAGUGGCACAAGGGAAAUAUCGAUGCCAGUAUGUACCAGUUAUUCCAGGGGCAUAUCUCCUUAAUAUCACAUGGAACAAUCGACAACUUCGUGGAUCUCCAUACAAGGUCAAUGUUAUCGGUGCAUUCUAUCCAAACAAAGUGACUGUAUCUGGAGAAGGUCUGACCGGUGGUAUUGCAGGAAGGUCACUGAACGUAACAAUCGAUACAAGAAAGGCUGGUCCAGGUGAACUGACUGCAUCCUGUAUGGGACCCAAUAAAGCAGCUUAUUGUGAACUUGAAGAUAAUAGAGAUGGAACAUUUGAACUAAGAAUCAAACCCCAGGAAAUUGGUCGCCAUGUUCUACAAGUUAAAUAUGGUGGUGAACAUGUACAAGGUAGUCCAUUUAUAAUAAAAGUAUCAGCCCCACCAGAUGCCAGCAAGGUUAGAGUAACAGGACCAGGUGUGGAGCAUGGAAUCUUGGCAAAAUUCCAGAGCAAGUUUAUUGUAGAAACCAAAGGUGCAGGAGCUGGACAACUCACAGUUCGAGUAAGAGGACCAAAAGGAAGCUUCAGAGUGGAAAUGAAACGUGACAGCCAGAGAGACAGGACAAUCUUGUGUCAAUACUAUCCAACAGAAAUAGGUGACUAUCAUAUCAGUGUCAAAUGGUCAAGUGUGGAUGUCCCCGGCAGUCCAUUCCUCGUACAUAUUGUAGACACUAUGGCUGAACUAGAGGAAGUAAUGCGAUCAUCAAUGUCGGGACGUCAACCUACAGCAAGAUCUUAUGAUGAGUGGAGAGAAAAAUUAUAAUUUAUUUAUACUUCUAAAAGAUGAUUUUGAAACCUGAGAUUGCAAACUUUUAAGUCUUCAAAUAUGAAAUGAUAGAUCUGAUUUUGUAACUUACUCUGGACAAAUGAAUACUGAUUGUUUGGAAAUAUUUUAUUCAAACACUUGCAUCAUGAGUCAUAGCCAUUUUGUGUGAUUUUUUGUACGAAUGUUUUGUCUUGAUGCUUUGUACAUCUUGAUUUAUAAUAUUUUCAAGGGUUACAGUUAUACUACUACUUAAGACCAUUCAUAAAUUUUCUGAAACAUACCCCAGUAUUUUUAACCCUUUACAGUUCAUUCAUUUUUAGAAUCGCAAUCAUACUUAUCACAUGACUUUCUACAAAAUGAAUAAAGAACUGCUGUAACAUAUUAAAAUUAAGCCAUAAGGACUGAAAAAGGGUUAAUGGAUUAAUAUUAUGUAAUAGUUUUGAAUUUUCAUAUAUAUAAAAUGGGUUUUAGUUAGUUUUUUUCUACUUAAUUUUUUACAGGGUUCAAAGAAAAUCAGGGUACAUUUAUUUCAUUCAUUUUUAUAACUGAAAUUGUUUUUGUUUAUUAGAUUAUAGAUAAUUUUUUGGGUUUUUUUUAUAAUGAGAUUGGUGAUCUUUGUAUGUGUGAUGUCCUUGACACAAAAAGUGCUAAUUUACAAAUGUUAUGUAAUGAAUUACCUCCCUUGUACAAUGAAAAGAAGAAUUAAGAUGCAGGUAAAUUUCAAUAUUUUGAUGAUUUGUAUUAAUCAAAAUUCUUGCUUUCACUUAAAAAAUACUUUAAUUGUUUAUCUACUAAUAUUCUGUAUACCAUAUUAAUUUCUACAAAGACUGGUUCAUGUCUUGUAAAUGUUUCCAUAUCACAAAAAUCAUACAAUAAGUACAUCAAUGUCAUUUCAAAUUGUGCAAUGGUGGAAUUGGAUAUUGCUUUGAUUGUUUGGUUAUAUAUUUUGUAUUUUAUGAAAUGAAACACAUAUAUAUGUCAGAUCUGCCCAAAUGGGAUUUCUUGGACAAAAAUAUGUUCAAACUUUCUGAAACUCACUUUUCUGUCAGCAACUUUAUUGUGGUAUUUAAAGGUACUGUGUCUGAUAUUUGAUUAUAUAGAUAUAUUUAAUUUGUUUGUUUUAUAUGAUGAUGAGCUACCAAAAAUUUGUUGAAUCUUCUGAAUUAAUGAAUCUUCAACUAACUAUUAAUAUUUUUUUAAGAAAUCCAAACUUGAUACAACUAGUUGAUUAAAGAAUUUGAGUAAAAUUAGUUGAGAGCUACUGAAAUAGUUUCAUUUCAUGGUAUAAAUAGAUGUUGACUAUAUAAUUUUUGCUUUUUAAAAUAUUUUGAUAUAUAUUUAUACAUAAUUGAUAUAUACAUUUACAUUGUUGUAAGGUUAUUUGCUAAUACUCAUAUUUUGUAUUCAUGUUUCCAUAUUUCACUCAAAAGCACAAUAUAUAAUACCUGUAUCUACAAAUUCACGGUAAUUACGGUUUGAAGAUCAAUUUGAUUUAACCAGAAAUAAAAUGAUUGAAAAUGAAAGACUUAUACAAUUAUACAUUUUUAUUUUUGUUAUGUUUAUGUUUUUUGGUUUGUUUUCCUAGUGAUGUUAUUUUGUUUAAAUUUUUUGUUCAUUUAAGUGUCGUUACAAAUCAUGAAUUUGAAAAAAUGAACCAUCGAUUGACAAAAAUGGAAAAUCUCAUUUGAUAGUUUGAUAAGAUUUAUAGAAAAUAAUUUAGAAAUGUACCAAUUCAAAUUUCUAAGAAAAUUUCAAAAUUUUAAACUUCAAAUUCAAAAUUUAACAGGUUAUAAGAGAUAUAAAUCAGAUAUUGUCAUAUACCAAAACGAAUAAAAAUUACAAAUGAAUUAAAGGCUGUUAUCAGAAAAGAGUGGCACUUAGAUUAAUGUAAGAUGAUGAUAAUGGAUGGCUGCUUAACGUCCAUAUUAAUGUAAGAACCAUGUGAUAUACUCAGGAUAAAAAUUGACACAAAGUAAUUUUUAUUAGGUUGUAAAUGUUUUCAUGAUUAUUACACACAUCGAAUGAAAAAUUUAUUUCCAUUGACUCUCUGUUUCAUCAAUGAACUGCUCAAAAUAUUCAGUGAAAAGGGUUAAUAUAACAGGGUUUGUUUUACUUUAUAUUAAUAGCUUGACACAGAAUUUCACAAUGAUAUUGGAAAUUAGAUUAUAGUUUAACAAAGUUAUCUGACAUUUAUUUAUUUCAAUUUUCAACUCAUUAUACAUGUAUUAUUAUCAGUUUUCUGAUACCUCGUUGUUAAAUUGCUUAUGAUACAUAUAAAAAAUCUUAUUACCAGGAUCAUUCAACCUAACUUUUUUUAUUACUUAAUUAAAUGCUUUUCUUCAUUUGUACAUCUGUGAUGUUUUGUUUUUUGUUUACAUGUAAUUGUGAAAGAAAGUUUGUAGCUCGUAAUAGCAGCAUAAUCCGCAUAUCUGACACAAAAUUAGCUUUUUUAGUCAUCAGCAUUAGAAGUAUGAUAGAAAAUUUAAAAAUCUAAAUAAUAAAUAAGUAUAUUUGUACAUCUGUGAUGUUUUCUAAUUUAUUUAGUAACAAGAAGAAUUUAUAAUAGCAGCAUAUUCGGCAUAUCAGACACAAAAUUAGCUUUCUAGUUGUCAGCAUUAAAGUAUGGUAGAAAAUUAGAAUAUAUUUGUUUUUACAAUGUUUUGUUGAUAUUAUUAUUUAACGAAAAUCUAUGCAUUAGCAAGCACAGCACUGUGUAUUAACAUACAAUUAUAUAGCAAUAUUUAAAAUCAUAUUCCAUUUGAGUAUUAUGUUUAUUAUAAUAAAACAACAAACCAAGAA